GAAAAAAUCAGAACGCCGGAAGGACAGGGGGACGACAAAGCUUCGCCCGUACCAGAGCCAUUUUUGGCCGAAAGUAGAGCUUUCUCCGAUGCCUCAAACUCUAAUUCUGAAGCCCGUUGUUUCAGCUCCUCUAACCAACUGGAGUAAAUUGCAAAUACAUACACAUUCUACUAGUGCAUCUGUACAGACGUCUACGAACGUUAAUGUACGAGGAAGAUUGGAGGUUACAUGUAUGGGAAUGUUAACACCGAGAAAGUUCUUACAGAAAAGGAAGAAGUUGGAAGUAUUUAAGGAUGCAGCCGACGAGGCAGAACAGAAGAAUUGGAGGAGACUGAUGAAGGAAAUAGAGGAGACAGGCUCUGCUGUUUCUGUGCUGAGAAGUGAAAGGAUAAAAAAUGAGGCUAUUCCGAAGGACUUGGUGUUGGGCACCUUGGUUAGAUUUAAACAGCUAAAGAAAUGGAAUCUCGUUGGUGAGAUUCUUGAAUGGCUUCGGACCCAGAGCUGGUGGAGCUUUAGUGAAAUGGAUUUCUUGAUGCUUAUUACAGCUUAUGGAAAGCUAGGGGACUUCAAUCGUGCAGAAAAAGUUCUGAACUUGAUGAAUAAGAAGGGUUAUGCACCAAAUGUGGUAUCUCAUACUGCUCUUAUGGAAGCAUAUGGAAGAGGUCGAAGGUAUAAUAAUGCCGAAGCAAUAUUUAGAAGGAUGCAAUCUGGUGGUCCUGAACCUUCUGCAUUGACAUAUCAAAUAAUGCUAAAAACUUUUGUUGAGGGAUGUAAGUUCAAGGAAGCUGAAGAGCUUUUCGACUCCCUCUUGAACAAUGAAAGGGCAGUGUUGAAGCCAGAUCAAAAGAUGUUCCACAUGAUGAUUUAUAUGUUCAAGAAGGCUGGGAAUUACGAGAAGGCUCGUAAAGUAUUUGCUGAAAUGGCAGCACGAAGAGUUCCACAGACUACAGUUACUUAUAAUAGCUUGAUGUCUUUCGAAACUAACUACAAGGAGGUCUCAAAGAUUUAUGAUCAGAUGCAAAGAGCUGGAAUUCGACCUGAUGUUGUGAGCUAUGCUUUACUCAUCAGUGCUUACGGUAAAGCUAGAAGAGAAGAAGAAGCUCUAGCAGUUUUUGAAGAGAUGCUUGAUGCUGGUAUCAGACCAACUCACAAAGCUUAUAAUAUUUUGCUUGAUGCAUUUGCAAUCUCUGGAAUGGUCGAACAAGCUAAGAUAGUGCUCAAGAGCAUGAGAAGGGACAGAUGCAGCCCAGAUAUCUGCUCUUAUACAACCAUGUUAUCAGCUUAUGUUAAUGCAUCUGACAUGGAGGGAGCCGAAAAUUUUUUCAGACGACUGAAACAGGACGGUUUUAGACCCAAUGUCGUUACUUAUGGUACACUAAUCAAAGGGUAUGCUAAAAUAAAUAAUCUUGAGAAGAUGAUUACAAAAUAUGAAGAAAUGAAGGUCAAUGGCAUUAGAGCAAAUCAGACGAUCUUGACGACGAUCAUGGACGCGUAUGGAAAGAACAAGGAUUUUGGCAGUGCUGUUAUUUGGUUCAAGGAAAUUGAAUCUUGUGGCCUCCUACCUGAUCAGAAAGCAAAAAAUAUCUUGUUAUCUUUGGCGAAAACAGCAGAAGAGCUCGAUGAAGCUAAUCAACUUGUAGGAUAUAUGAAUCAAAGUAGCAAUCCUGAAAGAGCUACUAAGUUUUCCAGGUCUGUUGUUGAGGAAGAGGAAGAAGACGAUGAUGAUGAAGAAUUGGAUUAUGCAGAUGAGGUAAUUCCUCACCUUAACCAAAGAGAUGAGAAAAUUAUUUUAAAUGAUAUUCACCAACAAAACUUGGAGGGUUUAUGUGCUAAGUUCUGCUAAUGUUAUAUAUUAUUGUAGUUUUCAUUUUGUUUAUCCUUCUAUGUUGGUAUAUUGUAAUACAAAAAUCACUUAGCUGGAGAAAUCUAAGCACCAAGUUCCUUUCCUCUCAUCACAUGUUAGCUGGUACACAAAAUGGAACUAUGAUGUGCAUUUUUGUUGUAAUAUAGUCGCUGUAAAAAGCCACUUUUAGUCGUUGAAUUGUAGUAUGUAUUAAUUUGGUCCUUGUAUUUUCA